GGCCAGAGGCCACGUGACCGACCGCGGCAGGCCCAGAAAUAGCAACGGCGGCGGUUCCGCCAGCAGGCGCCGCGAGGGAAAGGCGGAGACUGGAGGACGCUGGCUCGGCGUGGGCGCGGCGCGGCCCGGGCCCCGGAGGAUGCUGAGCCUCUGCCCCGACCGGCCCCGAGCACAUGAUGGCGAUACGGGAGCUCAAAGUGUGCCUUCUCGGGGACACCGGGGUUGGGAAAUCAAGCAUUGUGUGUCGAUUUGUCCAGGAUCACUUUGACCAUAACAUCAGCCCGACCAUUGGGGCGUCUUUUAUGACCAAAACUGUGCCUUGUGGAAAUGAACUUCAUAAGUUCCUCAUCUGGGAUACUGCUGGUCAGGAACGGUUCCAUUCAUUGGCUCCCAUGUACUAUCGUGGAUCCGCUGCAGCCGUCAUAGUGUAUGACAUUACUAAACAGGACUCAUUCCAUACCUUGAAGAAAUGGGUGAAAGAACUGAAAGAACAUGGUCCAGAAAACAUUGUAAUGGCUAUCGCUGGAAACAAAUGUGAUCUCUCAGAUAUUAGGGAGGUUCCCCUGAAGGAUGCGAAGGAAUAUGCUGAAUCCAUAGGUGCCAUUGUGGUUGAAACAAGUGCAAAAAAUGCUAUUAAUAUUGAAGAACUCUUUCAAGGAAUCAGUCGCCAGAUCCCACCCUUGGACCCCCAAGAAAAUGGAAACAAUGGAGCAAUCAAACUUGGGAAGCCAAGCAUGCCAACCAGCCGGCGGUGCUGCUGAUUGAGGCCCAUGGCCCACUGUACUUGAAGAAGCCAGAGCCACCUCCCUGAGAACUGCUGAAGGACCCAUUCUCGGUGGCCUGACACCUCACUUAGAGAAGUGAGCACGCUGGCUUGACAUCUGGGAAGACCUGCAGGGAAUGGGACAGGAAAUGUCCCUGAAAAAGUAUUUGAGAAAACUCUAAAAAAAAUCUACCAUUUAGCCUUUUGUGCAUAAAAUGCACAUGGGAGAGAAUGGAUGGUAGAUAAUAAACAUAGUUGAGUUUUUGUUGAAACCCUUAAAAUAUUUUCAAUUUGUACAAAAAUCUUACUGGCUUAUUAUGUGUGUGAGAUUCUAAAAGUGGUAUUCCACAUUGAUUUCCUGUGUCCCCUAGCCAAAUUCUAGUAUCUUCUUCAGUGCCAUUGACUUUACUGAAAGUUUACCUUAAUUUUAUUUAAUUUAACUUUCAGUGGAGUAUAACUGGAUCAUCACUCAAGUUGUAGAUUCGAAUUGUUAUAAAACUGGGGGAAGAUGUAUUAGAAACUGUUGUGUACAUCUGACUUUUACUCGAUGAAUAUUUUUGUAAGUUUUGAUCACAUAUAAACAAACAAUUCGACUCUGACUAAAAUAUUACAUGUAAUUUUGGGAUUGGGAGGCCUGGUUUAGAAGAGUCAUUUAAGUACUGACUGGAUCAGCACUGACAGGUGUAGGAUGUAAAUAUUGCUCCAGUGACCACUUGGCAUGCAUCGCCUCCACGGCAAUAAAUUCCUACUCUCUUAGAGAGGUUUAACACUCAGAGUUUUAUUUUACUAACAGAAUAUGUCCUAGUGUCGUAUCUAGGGGGGGAAAUUAACUGGAGUACUUUUGAGACCAUAUCGUAGGGUGAACUUCUAAUAAUAGCAAUUAAAAACAGGUUACAGGAAAAUCAGCCUAGAUUUUACUAGAGAAGUAGCAGCACCUUAAGAUUCUAGACCCAAAUUGCAAAAUUAGAGAAAGCAUUUUAGAAGAUGCCAACCUUGGGGAGGUUGGAUUAGGGCUUAAGAGGGGUCCAACUCUGGAAUGCCAAUUAACUGAGCGUAGGCUUUGAUUGAAAUCUUCCCUUUCAGGUUCCCUGUCUGCUCAAUUAAUUAAAGAUGUCAGAAUCCAAAGGCAGUAAGGGAAGAAAAGGCAUGAAGAGAAAGAAAGGCUAUUUCCAUUUCAAAUUUGAAUUCUGUUACCAUUCUAACUUUCAUAAGAACCUAGGAUCCAGAAGCAGUUGGUUUUCUAUUAAGGCUUAUACUGGGAGGUGAUUGUUAAGGAUAUUCAGAUCAGGGCCUUUUGUGAGAGCUAAGAAGCUGUAAAACAAUAGCAGAAAUAGUUAAUUGUGCACUGUGGUCCAUGAACAUUUAAGGGCCAGUAAACAUUUAUUGCAAACCUACAAUGCAAAAGCUAGGAGAGGUAAUGAGCAUAUUAAAGACCUAGAACUUUAAGUAACUUAGUGUGAGCUGCCGCUUCACAGUCCUGCCACGGUGUGUCCUCCAUGUUCUGACACAUAGACACCAAGUACUGCCAUUGACAAAAAGGAAGAGUCCUUAAGAAACCAGGGCCAAGUUUACACUUCUGUAUAUGGAUGGUGAUCAAGAUAAUAGGUAGAAAUCACAGAUUAAGGUGUGUUUUUUUAGACAUGUUUUUUUAUUGAAUUUUAAGAGAGAGAUGAAGGAAGAGAGAGAUAGAAACAUCAAUAUGAGAGAGAGACAUCAAUCCGCUGCCUCCUGU